GAGGGUCAAGCAUGUUUUAAAUGAAAAUGAGUUUAAUCAUGAAGAGUUGAUUAGAGAUAUGAUUGAAAAGAUGAAGACAAAAUUUGACAAAUAUUGGGGUGAUUGCAAUCUUUUGAUGUCUAUUGGAGCAAUACUUGAUCCUAGGUACAAAAUGAGAUUAGUUGAUUUUGCUUUCAAUCAAAUAUAUAAUGCGAAUGAUGCCCGUAUAAAUGUGAUGAAGGUUCGGGAUGCAUUACAUGACUUGUUCUAUGAAUAUGUUGAAAUGGAUAACAUGAAAACUCGAAAAGGUAGUUCUUCUAUGCAAAAUGUGGAGAGUUUGUCAAUUACUUCAUCAUGCUCAACUUCUAAAGGAAAAGUAGUUCUUUCUGGCUUGUCUUUGUAUGAUAAGUAUUUGGACACUGUUGAAGAUGUAACUCCAAAAAAAUCGGAGUUGGACAUUUACUUGGAGGAAGGGGUUUAUAGGUGUCAAGAUGGUGAAGUAACCUCUGAAUUUGAUGCCUUAGCUUGGUGGAAAUCUCAUGAAUUGAAGUUUAGUAUUUUGUCAUUAGCACAUGAUGUUUUAGCUAUUCCAAUUAGUACUGUGGCAUCAGAAGCCACAUUCAAUGAAGGCACUCGAGUUUUAGAUCCUUAUCGUGCUAAGCUAUCUUCUGAUAUGGUUCAAGUUUUGGUUUGUGGAGCAGAUUGGGUUCGUCAACUUCAUGGGAUCAAUAAACCUAUUAUGACACAUGAGGAAAAAGAAUCAGUUGAUGUCAUAUUGCGAGCAUGAUGGUUUGAAGAUAGUUGAAGACUUGAAGUGUAAUAGUGGUUGUCAUUGUAGUACUUAAUUUAUGGAUUAUGGAUUUGAUUGACUUUUUUUUUUGGUUUGAUG